AUGGAAAAUAAAAUAAUUUGAAAAACAAGCUGUAAAAAAGAUUCCAUUAAACAUUAUCUUACAAUAACGAACGACUCGGAUAAGAAGCAGUUGCACAAUGAAGAACCUCACUUUACUUGCAGCUUCAACUUCAACGCAACAAUUCCUCUUUCAAAUUCAUAACUCUUUCUUUGCCGUUGGAUUCACCACCCGAACCACCUUCCUUCCUAACCGAACCACCGAAUUAACGCCGCAUAUUUGUUGCCGAACCAAACAAUGUCGCUCCAAAGCAUUUUCAACCAAACAAGAGCUUCUUGCAGCACUUCAGAAACAAGAAGAAGAAGAAGAAGAAGAAGAAGAAGAAGAAGAACAAGAAGCUUAUUCGGACGAUGACACAUCCUUCUUAUCCCUCAGCAUGAAGCCGGACCGGAGUUUGGGCUUGCUUGAUGAUUAUGAGACAGAGGAACUCGAUUUUGAUCCUAACCACCGAAGUGGAUAUGUGGCUUUACUUGGCAUGCCAAAUGUUGGGAAAAGUACACUGGCAAACCAAAUGGUUGGCCAGAGGUUGUCAAUAGUUACAGAUAAACCUCAAACGACAAGGCAUCGAGUUCUUUGUAUAUGUUCUGGCUCCGAUUAUCAGAUGAUACUUUAUGAUACUCCCGGUGUUCUACAAGAGCAAAGGCACAAGUUGGACUCGAUGAUGAUGCAAAAUGUUCGCAGUGCUGCAGUUAACGCUGACUGUGUAUUGAUUCUCGUAGAUGCAUGUAAAGCGCCUGAAAAAAUUGAUGAAGUGUUAGAAGGCAUGGGAGACCACAAAGAUAAAGUCCCCACCCUAUUGAUUAUGAACAAGAAGGAUCUUAUCAAACCUGGUGAAGUUGCAAAGAAACUCGAGUGGUAUACAAAAUUUACUGAUGUUGACGAGGUUAUACCAGUUAGUGCCAAGUAUGGUCAUGGGGUUGAAGAUGUCAAGAACUGGAUACUAUCGAAGCUUCCUAAUGGACCAGCUUAUUUUCCAAAGGACAUUAUCAGUGAGCAUCCAGAAAGAUUUUUUGUAGGUGAAAUUAUUAGAGAAAAGAUUUUUUUGCAGUAUCGAAAGGAAAUCCCCUAUGUGUGUCAGGUGAAUGUUUUAAGCUAUAAGGCUCGACCAAAUGCAAAAGAUUUUAUACAGGUGCAGAUUUUGGUUGAGAAAAACUCGCAGAAAAUCGUCGUUAUUGGAAAAAACGGAAAUGCUUUGAAAAUGCUUGCAACAGCUGCACGCCUUGAUAUUGAAGAUUUUCUACAGAAGAAAGUUUUUCUCGAGAUUCAAGUAAAGGUUAAAGAAAAUUGGCGACAAGACGAAGGGUUUCUUAAGCACAGUGGUUAUGGAGGUCAAAUAGGUGUUUAUUGACGUGCACAUGUAAGAAAAAUUCGCCAGACAUGUAUCAUAUUAUGUUUGCCCAAUGAUCAAUUUUGCAAAGCAAGUCUUGUUAAUGGUCUACAACGAGAGUGAAGGUCGAAUUCAAACGCUUAUAUCUGUCUCGAGUAUAGUGAGUUCGAUAUCACAUUUUGAUUCAAAAUGUUCAAAUGAGUUUAUAAAUCUUUUCACGUAUAAUAGUGGUUAUGGAUUCUUUUGAUAGCUAGACAUUUGUAAAAAUUCUAAUUUGAAUUAAUCAAAUAAAAAUGUUUUAGCCCUU